AUGGUAUAUGGUAAGCUUGUCACAUAUCGAAUGGUCUAUGGUAAGGCUUGUCACCUUCCUGUUGAGUUAGAACACAAGGCAUAUUGGGCAAUCCAGUUUCUUAACUUUAAUGCUAAAGAGGCUGGUCAAAAAAGGUUGCUUCAAUUGAAUAUGAUGGAUGAAAUGAGGUUCCAUGCUUAUGAGAAUGCCAAAAUCUAUAAAGACCGCACCAAACAAUGGCAUUAUAAGUAUAUUAUUCUGAGGGAUCUAAAGGUAGGCCAACAGGUAUUACUCUAUAACUCUAGACUCCCUUUUCCAGGUAAAUUGAGAUCUAGGUGGUAUGGACCAUUCACGAUCAAGGAAAUCUUUCCACAUGGAGCAGUUGAAAUAGUAGAUAGAAAUUGGAGUUUCAAGGUUAAUGCUCAACGGUUAAAAGUUUACCAAAGUGGAGAUUUCAAUCUAGUCAAAACCGUUAUAAGCUUUGCUUAA